AUGUCUCAAGAAAGAGUUUGCAUCUUCAAUGAGUCCCUCCAAGACUUGGGACCCGAGGCCUCAGAUAAAGCCCAGGUCUGCGCAUCUUUGGCUAUUCUUCUUGCUUCACACGGGUUCAGACCAGGGAUUGGCAUAGUCUCCCCCACAUCUGGAGCGAUCAUUGACACGGUCUUGGCCCCUGUUGACUGGAGCUUGCAUCUGGGAGAUCUUGUUGGCGAGGUCCAAGCCCAACUACUAGGCCAUGCUGAGAAGGCAGCAAGCAAUGAAAAAACCUCCACGAUGACUUGUCUGUUUACUAUCACCCGUGAGGAAACUCCGACUGAGAGUAUCUUACUUGAAUGUCAAUUGAAAAAAAACGCGGUGAUCGUCAACAAUGUUGGACAUUAUGGCCCUGCCGACAGAGCAUAUUCCGUUCAGCUCAUGAGACAAUACGAGUAUCUUCUUCGCGAGGUCUGCUCACCAGGAAGCAAUGGCAAGCCUCUUGUCGAUCUAAAGCUCGUCUCUAUUAAAGACCUCAGGCAGAUAUGGGCUUGGAAUUCCUAUGUUCCGCCAAGCAUUGAAACCUGUAUUCAUGAAACCUUUAUGAAGCGAGCACGGCUACAUCCUGAUCUAUUGGCUGUCUCAGCUCAUGACGGCGAUUUGACGUAUCAGAGGCUAGAUGAGCUUUCCACUCGUCUCGCCCAGGCGCUCCUUCAAGACGGUGUCCAGCCCAACAGCAUUGUCUUGAUUCUCAUCGAAAAGUCCCAAUGGGUUCCUGUGGCUCAACUGGCAGUCAUGAAGGCCGGCUGCGCCUCCACCGUGCUCGAUGCGUCUCUCCCAUUCCAGCGACAUCAAGCCAUUGCUCAACUGACCCAACCAUCCGCCAUCUUGACUUCGCCCGCAUGCGAAGAGAAAGCCAGUGUAUUGUCCUUGCCCUGCCCUCAAUUUAUUCUGCAGGAGGACUUGAGCCAGCAUUGGCCAACUGCCCAGGCAGAUUGCCUGCCUACUGUCAGCCCCUCUGCCUGGCUGUACAUAGUAUUCACCUCCGGUAGUACCGGUACCCCAAAGGGCGCUAUCAUAAGCCAUGCCAAUUAUGCUAGCGCCGUUGCUCACCAGCAGAAGGGGCUAGACUUCCGCGAGUUCGAUCGUGUUUUUGACUUUGCAUCGUAUGCAUUUGAUGCCGCCUGGUGUAAUAUGAUUCAUGCCAUGAUGAUCGGAGGGUGCCUUUGCAUCCCAUCCGAGGAAGAAAGAAAGGCGGAUGUGGCUGCCGCGCUCCGCAAGUACCAAGUCAACUAUGCUGUUCUCACCCCUUCGGUAGCAUGGUUCAGUGCCGCAGAGCUUCCUGACAGUCUCAGAACUUUCCAUUUUGGCGGUGAGCCGCUUAAAGCCGCAUUGGUUAAGGAGUUAUCGACCAAGUCAACUGUUAUCAACGCCUACGGCCCUGCCGAAUGCUCGACAGUCAGCACUGCUAUCGUCGCUGAUCCAAAUGAUCCCAACGACCCAACCAUUGGUACCGGAAUUGGUGCCUGUGCCUGGGUUGUUAAAGCAGAUGGGACUGAUCUGGUUCCGAUUGGCGAGAUAGGAGAGCUGUGGAUGGAAGGUCCCAUCGUUGGUCAAGGUUAUAUGGGUAGCCCGGAGAAGACUGCUGCGGCCUUUGUCGAUAGUCCGCUAUGGCUGCUUCGAGGCUGCCCGAGCCUCCCGGGUAUGAAGGGCCACACUGGUCGUCGUGGACGUCUUUAUCGCACAGGAGACCUUGUUCGGUACAGGCAAGACGGCAACAUUGAGUUCGUGGGUCGCAAAGACUCUCAGGUGAAGAUUCGUGGCCAACGUGUGGAGUUGGGGGAGAUCGAAUACCAUCUGCAGUGCGCUUUGUCUGAAGAGGCAAAGGCUGAGAAUGUGCAGAUAAUUGCAGAGGUGAUCAAGCCAGAAGGAAGCAACGUUUCCACUCUUGUGUCCUUCCUAUUUCUUCAUGCCAGUUCAAGAGCUUUGUCCUCUGAUCCGCAGUCCAUUCUCCAUAGCGCUCUUCAGGGAUUUGAAGACAGGCUCUCUGCUGCAGUGCCACCAUACAUGGUUCCAUCCGCUUUCUUCAUCAUUGAGGAUGUACCCAUGACUCCUACGGGCAAGGUGAACCGUCGGCAGCUUCGCGAAGACGGUCCAAAGUUGUACUGGCAACAGCUGGGUUCCGAAUCUCAUGCGGAGGAAAUCGAGGAAUCUGAGAUGGAAGGCAAAAUCCGCAAGAUCUGGAGUGAGGUUCUCAACCUUCCACUCGCGAAGAUCGACCUCGAUGGGAAAUUCACACGUCUCGGGGGCGACUCUAUCACAGCCAUGCAGAUAGCUUCGCGCUGUCGCUCACAGAAUGUUCUCAUCAAAGUCGCCGAUAUCUUGAAGCUUCAGACCAUCCGUCAGCUUGCUCAGGUUAGCAAGCCCAUUCGGGAAAAAGUGAUCAGACACGAAACAACGGCUGAGGAUGGCAAGGCUUGGCCCUUGACCCCUAUUCAAGAGAUUUUCUUUACCAAUAACCCCGAUGGGGUUAACCACUACACUCUCAGCUACGUCGUUAAGCUGACAAGGUCCACGACCCGCCAGGAGUUAUUUGAUGCACUCAUGGCUAUCACUACCCGUCAUAGUAUGCUCCGUGCCCGCUUUCGCAAGGUCGAGGGUCAAUCGACGUGGGAGCAGUGGACGGCGCCCCCAGGGCCCAAUGAGUUCCUCCUGAAGGAGCAUGACUUUGUGAGUGUUGAACACAUGCAAGAUAUUGUCAACGAGCGUCAAGCCGGUCUUGAUCUUGUCAAUGGUCCCGUGUUUGCGGUGGACGUCUUCAAUGCCGCGAAUGAGGCCCAGACCGUCCUGAUGAGCGCGCAUCAUGUCAUCAUGGAUCUUGUUUCCUGGCGCAUUGUUUGGCAUGAGCUUGGACUGCACUUGUCUGGUACCACGUCAAUACCCCAGCCAGCAUUAUCCUUUCGUGACUGGUGUCGUCUGCAGCAGGCAGAGGGCGAGAAACUUGACCCAACGGCUGUCUUACCAUUCGAAGUCCCCCCUCCGAAUUUCGAUUACUGGGGUGUGCGACCAGACGAGCUGUACUUCAAGCAUUCAUGUUUGGAUAUCUCUGUGAUUGAUGCCGAAUCGACAGCGCUGCUUCUUGGCUCAAGUAACGACGCACUGCGCACUGAGAUCCUUGAUAUCCUGGUUGGGUCCCUCAUUUAUUCCUUUGCUCAGAUCUUCCCUGAUCGUCGCCCGCCCUCAAUAUUCUUAGAAGGCCAUGGACGGGAGACCAUCACUGGAAUGAGUGAAGAGGAUCUCGAUCUGUCCGAAAUCAUUGGCUGGUUCACUUCAAUCUACCCAAUCGACCUCGGGGAGAGGUCAGGCAGUAUCUUUGAUCUCAUAAGAAUUGCCAAGGACGUCCGCCGCAAGGUACCUGGCAAGGGUCGUCCUUAUUUCGCCUGCCGCUUCUACAACGAUGCAGGAAAGAAGGCUUUUGAAGCGCACAAGCAUGUUGAGCUGAUUUUCAACUACCGAGGCUCAUUCCAACAGCUGGAAGAUACGCGGUCGAUAUUUAAAAUUGAAGACAGAAAAGAUCGUGACGUUUCGAUUCCUGGUGACGGCCCUGGCUACCUUCGUCCAUCGCUGGUAGACAUGAACUUGGUUGUUCAAGAGGGCAAAUUGCAAAUUUGGACAAGAUCUCAUCAACGCAUGCCCCAUCACGAAGCAGUCAACCGCUGGGUGAGCCUAUAUGCCACCACUCUCCGGAGUGUGGCGCAUCAACUUGCUUGCCAGCCUGCCACCUUUACGCUUUCCGACUUCCCGCUACUAGAUGUCUCUUAUUCGAGUCUCCGGACCCUUCUGACUGAGCAACUUGCAAGCAAGGGGAUUGAAGAAAACACUGUGAUGGAUAUCUACCCAUGCGCGCCAGUUCAAGAAGGUAUUUUGAUGAGCCGCAGCAGUGGAUCAGCCUCAUACCACAGUACUUCUAUCUGGCAGGCGUCUUCGACUGGCUCUACAGUGAGUGCUUUGCGUCUUGCAGCAGCUUGGGACAAGGUGGUAUCUAUGCAUCCGGUUCUCUCCAGUAUUUUCGAAACCAACCCCGACACAGGUCGAUUUGUGCAGGUUGUCCUGAGCCAGCACAACAAAUCAACGAUUCACCGCGCUGCUGCUUCUGAAUCUGCUGUCGAUGCAAUACAGCAGAUUUCUAUCGUCGAACAGUCAGCUUCGCAGCCUGAAUGUUUCUUCACAAUCUGUGAAGAUGACAAAGGUGAAGUUGCAUGUCGACUUGACAUAUCGCAUGCGCUCAUGGACGCUCUUUCUCUUCCUGUCAUAGUGCAAGAUCUUGAGCAAGCGUAUGUGAAGAAUGCUGUGGCCUUACGGACACCAUUCCGAGAUUAUGUCGAGUACCUACAGCGCGCAUCAACUUCGGAAAAGAUGCGCUACUGGAAGGGGUAUCUCAUGGACAUUGAGCCCUGCCUCAUGCCGGGUGAUAGGCCAUCAAAUGACUCCACCUCCGAGUAUAAGAUGCAGUAUGCAUGGAGCACCAUCCCGGCGGUUGAUACUGCAUUCAUUGCGGAAACAUGUCGAGCACACGGUAUAACCCGUUCAGCGUUUCUUCACACAGCCUGGGCACUUGUGCUCUCGUACUUCACAGGUGAUCGACAGGUCUGCUUUGGCUAUGUCUCCUCUGGUCGUGACUAUCCUAUCGAUGGGAUCGAGAGCAUUGUUGGUCCGCUGAUUAAUAUGCUUGUUGCCCGUGUUGAUUCAGACCAGCCGUUGUCUACGACAAUGCAAAGCAUCAGCAGCUACCACAUUGAGCACCUCGAGCACCAGCAUGUCUCGCUCGCGGACAUUCAACACGAGACCUCUACCAAGCAGUUGUUCAACACGAACAUAACUGUGAGAGAAGACCGUAGCAGACCACCACCCAAGGAUGGUAGUAUGCAGCUCCUUGAACUCGUCGAGGAGGACCGCCACGAGUACGAUGUUGUUCUGGCUGCCGCAGUCAAAAACGACGAUACGGAAGUGGCCAUCCAAUAUCGCACUGACUUUAUGAGCUCAGAGAACGCUCGCGGGAUGCUGGAUAUCUUGCGGAGCGCCAUUAAAUUCCUCGGCUCAACGCUGAACGCACACGGGUUAUCUGGCACUGCAGUUUCCUCUGAUUCAUUGUAUAGUGCCUUCUUCAAGAGCACGUUUGGAACAGAUGAGGCAUCAGUUCUCGCAGUGUGGAAUGCACACUUCGAAGGCAUCGAAGCUGAUGCGCAUUUCCCGUCUUCCCCCAACGCUUCUCACAAAGUGCAGGCCAAUUCUUCAACAUCGUAUGAGAUCCAGCAAUUGGAAUGGCGCUCUGGUCACAAAUCAUCCACUCAAGUCCUCGCAUCAUGGGCCGUCUUGCAAGCUUGUCACGGAAAUUCAUCCGAUGCUUUGUUUGGUAUCUCCACUGCGUCUACUGACCGUGAAUUUGUACAAAUGGGAGAACCCGCACCGAUGCGGAUCAAAGUCGACCUCUCCCAGACCCUGUCCUCCUACCUUGACUCUGUCCAGUCAACCGAGGAGAGAUGGUUAGAGAUGCCGCCGCUUUCUCCUCUUGUACUUGGGAGACUCAACACAGCUUCGAGGAUUGCAUGCGACUUUCAGACUGUAUUGACAAUACGAGAGGCUCCGAUGGGCACUCACGAACUGUCAUGGAAUUUCACUUCAGUCGAGGCUCGAGCCUUGCGUCUUGAUGUGACUAUUCACGGUUCUAAAUGCUGCAUCACUGCGCACUUUGAUGAGCAGGUCAUCAGUGGCAAAGAAUUGACACGACUCUUUUCUCGGUUCGAGACAGUAAUCCGCCAGAUUACAUCUCCAGUCAACAAUGUUUCUACCCUAAACGCCAUCAACAUUGUCAGUGAGGAAGAGAGCAAGCAGAUUUCCGCCUGGAACCAGACGAUCUAUGAGAGCGUUCAAGCUCUAGUUCAUGAAAAGAUUUUACGACGAGUUCAGGAACAACCAAACUCCCUUGCUGUGUCUGCCUGGGACGGGAAUCUCACCUACCGACAAAUUGACGAGCUGUCAAAUCAGUUGGCAAAUUCGCUGAUCAGCUUUGGAGUUGGUCCGGAUGUCAUCGUCCCUCUUUACUUCGAAAAGUCCAUGUGGAUGCCAGUCUCCGUACUAUCAGUGAUGAAGGCUGGAGGGGCGAGUGUGAUGAUCGACAGCACGCAACCGAUUGAACGAGUCCGUGGCAUAAUUAGCCAAGUCAAUGCGAAGUUUAUUCUCGUUUCGAGGCAAAAUUCGCCUCAGGCUGUCGAAUUUGAUGGGGUCCAACACCUGGUGGUAGAUCAGGAGUCAGUCGAUGCCUUACCAAGCUCAGAAUCAGCGAUCUCUGUGCAGAACGCAGUCAAGCCCUCAAAUCUGCUCUACGUGUCUUUCUCUUCGGGCAGUACCGGAAAGCCCAAAGGUGCUUUGAUCACACAUUCGUGCUUUGCAUCCGCUAUCGAGCACCAGCAAAUGUCUCACAAAUUCAGCCCCGGUCAAAGAGUGUUCGACUUUGCUUCGUACGCUUUUGACGUUAGCUGGUCUAACCUGUUACAUUCACUUACUUCAGGCAGCUGCCUGUGUAUUCCAUCGGAAUAUCAAAGGCGAAAUACGCUCCAGGAGUCUCUUCGGGAGAGCAAGGCUACUCUGCUCGAUUCUACGCCUUCUGUCCUCCAGCAUCUCGACCCUGAACAGCUCCCCGAUUUGGAGCACGUCAUCAUGAGCGGAGAGCCAUGGUCUGAAGAGAACUUUGGCACCUGGAUCGACCUGAAGAACGUGAUGAAUAGUUAUGGCCCACAAGAGUGCACCAUCAAGACUAGCCUGGUCCGCGUCGUACGGGGUAUGACGCCUAACUCUAUUGGCGUUGGGUUGGGCCUGAACACAUGGGUGGUCCGAACCGAUGGCAGCGAUCUCCUCGCCCCAAUCGGUUCCAUUGGUGAGCUUUGGCUUGAAGGGCCGCAGGUGGCUCGCGGCUACAUCGCAGACGAGGCACGGACUGCGACUUCUUUCGUCAUGAGGCCAAAAUGGACCCAGCCAAAUGAGCAACCAUGCAGAUUCUACAGAACAGGAGAUCUUGUUCGAUAUGAGCAAGACGGGGCAUUGGUCUUUGCCGGUCGUAAGGAUUCCCAGGUCAAAAUCCGUGGACAGCGCACAGAACUUGGAGAAGUUGAGUACUUUGUUCAGAAGGCUAUGCUUGAGAGUGACUUCCGCACUCAAAUUGUAGCGGAAGUCUUCAAGCCUCACAAAAGUGACAACGCAAUCCUGAUCGCCUUCUUGAUGACUGAAGAAAAGGAAUCUUGGCACAAGCUCUCUGAUGUCAACGAGAAGCUUGCAACUAUGGUCCCAGAAUAUAUGAUUCCGAUGGCUUACAUUUCAGUUGACGAGUUUCCCUUGACUGCGACCGGAAAGAUACACCGCAUGUCCCUCCGUACAGCCUACGCAGAGAAAACGUUGGAACAAUUGAUUGCGCUUGAUGUGCUUCACAAAUCUUCCCAUCGAGCUCCAGUCACUGCUUCCGAAAAACUCCUGCAAGAGCUAUGGGCCGAGAUCUUGAAGAUCGAUACAACAACAAUCUCGGCCGAAGAUAGCUUCCUUCGAGUUGGAGGUGAUUCAUUGGGAGCGAUGCAGCUCGUUGGUGCGCUGCGCAAACGAGGUUUCAGUGUGGAAUUCGGCGAUAUCUUCAAGCAGCCCAAGCUCAGUGCUCUUGCGACGCUUCUUGAGUCCGACCGAGCUGUCAAGAAGAGUACCAAUUUUUCAGUGGUGCCUUUCUCACAGAUUGAAUCGGAAUACCCACGCGACGAAGCAAUUGAGCAAAUCGCACGUCUUUGUGGCCUGAAACCUGAAUCUAUCGAGGACGUAUUCCCUUGUACGCCGUUGCAGGCUGGUCUUCUAGCUGAGACUGUCAGACGUCCCGGGAGCAAUGUGCUUACAGAAACAUGGGCGCUCAAAAAGGGCAUCGAUUCACGCCGUCUUUCCUCCGCCUGGGAGAGGGUGAUUCAAGCGCAUCCUAUCCUCCGGACGAGAAUUGUUGAUAUGGGCACCAAGGGCCUUGUCCAGGUUGUCGUUCGCUUUGACAGUGAAUGCCAGAAAAUCAGGGACACUGCAUCGGGGGCAGAAUUUGGUCUUGGAACGCCUCUGCUCCUUUAUGACAUCUCCGAGUCUUGCUUUUCAUGGAAGAUCCACCACGCUGUCUACGAUGGAUGGUCUAUGCCACUCAUAUUCGAGGCACUGUUUGAGGGCUACACAUCAGGAGUCGUUGCUGAUGCUCCUCCGUUCCAGGCUUUCAUACAAUACAUCAACCAAUCCAGCCAAGAGGAAGCGGCGCAAUUCUGGAAGGGCCAAUUUGCUGCUUUUGAUGCGCAAAAUUUCCCUGUUCUUCCUUCAAAGACCUACAAGCCGAGAUGUGACAAGCACUUGGAGCUCGAACUCAAGGACAUCAGACCCGACGGCGACUUCACAACAUCAACAAGAAUCAGGGCGGCGUGGGCUCUGCUCUUGUCAAAGAUCACAAACUCUUCAGAUGCUUCUUUUGGAGCAACUGUUUCGGGCAGACAGGCAGACGUCUAUGGUAUAGAGCAAAUGACUGGCCCUACCAUGGCCACCGUACCAUUGAGAGUGGCAAUUGACCACACCAAAACAGUCCGUGAAUUACUUCAGCAGGUACAGUUGCAAGCAGCGGAGAUGAUGCCGUUCGAACAAGUGGGCAUUCAACAGAUCCGACGUCUCAGCGAAGAUUGCAAUCUGGGUUGCCAAUUUGGAUCUCACAUGGCCAUUCAAUAUGGAAGUCACGGGGACGUGAAAGAAAAAUUGUUUGAUUCGGCCCCUGGAGCAACUGAGGCUGAAGCAGAUCCUUUCAAACUGUACGCAAUCUGUCUCGAGUUCGUGCUUGAAGCAAACAGUCUCCGGAUCCUGGCCAGUUUCGACUCCAAUGUUGUAUCCCCAGCCUAUUUCUCCCGACUCAUGGCUCGAUUCGAGAACAUUAUCAGGCAAUUCUCUGUCUCCGAUAAAUUGACAGGUCCAGUGGCUCUUCUCGAUACAAGCAGCGCACGGGAUCGAGAGCAGAUUUGGAGUUGGAACGAUGUCUCUCUCGAGGAGUCGAGCGAAACAAUCCACGAAAUCUUUGGCAAGGUAGCCGCCAGACAGCCAGAUGCCCCGGCAGUCUGCUCAUGGGACGGUGACUUUACAUAUGCCGAGGUUGAUGAGCUGUCCACCCGAAUCGCCCAGGAUCUGCUCCGAGCCAAUCUUCCCCAGAGCGGCCAGCGCAUCGUACCGCUGUUCUUCGAAAAGUCGAAGUGGACCUCCGUCUGCCAAAUUGCCGUUAUGAAAGCCAACGCCACGUGUCUUGCGAUCGAUGUUACACUUCCUGAUGGCCGCUUGAAGACAGUUCUAGACUUGGCCCAGCCCCAUAUUAUUCUGGCAUCUUCCGCCCAAGAGCACCAAGUCCGGAAAUUGGCACCCCCAACAGCUCAAAUCAUUGUAUUGGGUGACUCGUCUUUGCCCUCCUCGCAGUCAUCUGAAAACAUAAGUCUCCCGGUCGUCUGCCCCAAGACCUCGCUCUAUGUCGUCUUCACCUCCGGUUCGACGGGUGUGCCCAAGGGUGCCAUGAUCAGCCACUCGAACUUUGCCAGUGCGCUCAAGCAUGGGCAAAAUGCGCUCAAAUUUGGGCCUCGUACACGUGCAUAUGACUUUGUGUCUUAUGCAUUUGAUGUCUCUUGGCUCAACGUGCUUUACACUUUUUGCGCAGGAGGCUGUUUGUGUGUGCCUUCUCAGUAUGAGAUCCGAAACGAGCCCAAGGAGGCGAUUGCUCGCAGACGUGCCAAUACUGCCUUCAUCACCCCUACAGUUGGCAAACUGCUACAUGGCGCUGAGUUGGAGGUCAUAAACUAUGGUGGUGAGAAUUUGCCUCGUGAUGAGAUCGACUAUUGGAAAGAUCACGCGCAGAUCAUUCACUCGUAUGGCCCAUCAGAGUGUACGCCAAUUUCCGUCUCCCACGUGCUUGAUCCUACACGCAGCCGAGUGAUCAUCGGAAAAGGUCUUGGUGUACGGACUUGGAUUGUUGAGCCGGAGAGUGACGGCUCUCUCGCAGCCGUUGGUGACGUUGGUGAGCUUUGGUUAGAAGGGCCCCUGGUUGGCCAGGGAUACAUGAAUGAUCCGGAGAAAACGAAUUCGGCGUUUGUCAAGGAUCCAGAAUGGCUGCUUCAGGGAACUCCAGGGUUCUCCGGCCGCUCUGGCCGUCUGUAUCGAACAGGCGAUUUGGUCCGUUACGAAGAAGAUGGUAACCUGGAGUUUAUCGGGCGGAAAGAUGCACAGAUCAAGAUUCGUGGGCAGCGAGUGGAGCUUGAGGAUAUUGAGCAUCACGUCCUUGCUGCAAUUGGAGAGGACAUCGCAACUCAGGUCAUCGUGGACAUCGUUACGCCCUCCGGCUCGACUCAACCUACGUUAGUCGCCUUCGUCGAACUCAAAGAUCAAAAUGUGAUCCCCGGGACGCCACAAGCGCAAGCAUGCGCGCGCGACAUUGCAGCUUCGUGCAAUCACAAUCUAUCUGCUACAAUGCCCAGCUACAUGAUUCCAAACGCCUAUCUCAUUGUCGAUAGUGUUCCGGCUACCACCUCCGGCAAGGUCGAUCGCGGAAAGCUCCGGCGAGCGGCCAUGUCAAUCCCCAAGGAAGAGCUUCUUCAAACACACAAGGGCGAUAGGCGCGCCCCCGCUAGCCCGGAGGAAUUGACCCUGCACAGUCUUGUUGCACAAGUGUUGGCUUGGGACGAAAAAAGCUUCGGAAUGGACGACAACUUCAUCCAGCUUGGAGGUGAUUCAAUCAGUGCCAUGAGAUUGGCUGCACUAGCUCGAGAAGCAGGCCUUUCUCUGACAGUCAAGGACAUCCUCAUGCAGGAUCGAAUUUCGGACUUGCUGACAUUGAAGCAUCAGUCGGACUCCCAGUUAAUGACCCAGUACUCAAGGUUUUCUUUGCUUCCGGCUGGGGAGACUGAUCAAUACAUCGAGAGGGAGGUGCUUCCCCGGAUUUCACAACAAGGUCAAGGUCGUCUCAUCGAUGUAUUGCCAGUCACAGACAUGCAGGCGGCCUACCUCCGGGACAACGUUUGCAAGCCUCGCCGGUCUUGGUUCUAUCAUUUCAUUGAUUUUGCCAAGGUGGAUUUGAACCGCCUUACCUGGAGCUGCGCACAAUUGGUUUCCCACUGUGAGAUUUAUCGGACUGCGUUUGUUGAAUCUUCGGAUUCGCACAUGCAAGUCAUCUUUGAGUCGUGGGAGCCCAGGGUCUCGGUGAUUGAUGGUGUCGAGUGUAUUGAAAGCGCAUUCAAUCAGCUUGUGACUGACGAAGUGAACUCACCCGCGAUCCUCGGUGCCCCUCUAGCCAACUUCCAGAUCAUUCGCCAUCAUGACGGAAAAGCGCGACUCGUUUUCAGCAUGUCCCAUGCUGUUUACGAUGCAGUCAGCUUUGGCAAGACCCUCGAGAUCCUGUCCCGCAUUUACAAUGACGCUCCUUUGCAGGACGCUGAAGCUUUCGGGCCGUAUCUCUCCCACAUGCAGCAUUCGAAGGAAGCUAGUUUGCCUUACUGGCAGAAGGUCCUUCAAGGUUCAUCCAUCAGUCGGAUUCCCUGCACAUCCGCCGAGGCAUUCCAUGAUGGGCCGCCUACUGUGCAUGUCCGCACAAUCCCGCUUCCGAAUGUUCCCCGAGGUAUUACACAUGCUACCCAGUUCACCUUUGCUUGUGCCUCUGCUCUCAGCCAGAUGACCGACUCUUUGGAUAUUGUGGUGGGCCGCGUUGUGUCUGGUCGCGCCGGGGUUCCCGGCGCUCUGCAGAAUGCUGUGGGCCCCUGCCUUAAUCGCGUUCCGGUCAGGGUCCAGGUGGAUACCGAGAAACCAAGGGCCGAGCAGCUGGCGAGGCUUCAAGGGCAGCAAGCCGAAAGCUUGGCACAUGAAACUGUUGGCUUCCGCGACAUCAUGGCGCAUUGCUCCGACUGGGCUCGUGACGCCAAAGAUUUUGGAUGCUGGAUUCAAUAUCAGAAUGUUGACGAGGAGCCCGAGCUGGACAUCCCGCACGCAGUGGGCAGACUGGGGAGCAAAGAGAUGUGGGACAUUCCCGUUGCAGCGGACUUCUUGGAAGUCUUUGCGAUUCCCACUGCUGACAACACACUAACUGUCCGUGUCAUUGGUGGCCCUGGCUACGAGAUCGAUGUCAAGAAUAUGUUGCUCGAGAAAGUGUGUUCUGAGCUGGGGUUGAUGUAA